UCUCUGUCUGCUGUCUAUCUGUCCCUCCGUCUCCGUUACCUUCUUUCCUUCUUCCUGUUCACCGCUAAUUUCUUUGUCCCAUCUACGUCGGAAGGGGACCCCUUAGUCCGGGAUUAGUCCUAGCCCCGACAGGAUCAUAGAGGGUCUGAUCCAUCUCGGACUCAUUUUCCGAGGUCCGGAGUCUGAGCCGCGGCCGCCGAGACGUCCCUACGCACGGGAUCCACCGCCAGGCUAGCCCCGACAGACUGCGAAUCCUCGGCAGUCUGUCUGUGAUCAUCCGUGUGCCUGACCGUUUGUUUGUCCCUCCCCACCCCGUCGCCAAGUCCUCAUCCCCAUCUCGGCGCAGUGGAGCCUGGUGGGCCCCGGGAGACUGGCCCUUGACCCUUUUACGGGUUGGGGCCGGUGGAAACCGCGAGGUGCCGGAAGUGCGCGAGGUCCUGCAGCGGCAACUCCCGCGCCCCCGACUCUCGGCACCGAACGGCGUCCGCUGAGGGUUGAGGGGGGACCCGGGAGGCUGCAGGUGCCCAUUUCCUGUCGAGGGGCCGUGAGCACGUGUCGCUAGGGGAGGGAAGGAGCGGCGUCCGUUCCGCCGAGUCACGGCGGCGAGUCACGGUGGCUGACUCACCCGGAGCGCCCCUCCCUUCCUGGCUCGGAGCGUCCCGGGCCCGGACAACCUCGGGAGCGGGAGAUGCCGCCGGCGGCACCUCGGCCCGGAACUGGGGUCACUGGGUCACUAGGCCCGCAGCGCUGAGCCGGGGACACUGCUGUCCAGACUUGCCUGGGCUUGAACCCAGUUCUCCUCCGGAACACUGAGCCCCCAUCUCAACCCAUUCCUCACGUUUCUGGCUGAAAGUAUCAUGACAGAAGUUCCACCUCGUGCCAAGCAUCAACACUGUGAGUGGCAGCCAGGAGCUGCAGUGGAUGGUUCAGCCUCACUUCCUGGGACCCAGCAGCUACCCCAGGCCUCUGGCCUACCCCCAGUACAGUCCCCCACAGCCCCGGCCAGGAGUCAUACGGGCCCUGGGCCAAACUCCAGCAGUGCGUCGCCGGCCCUGUGAACAGAUCAGCCCCGAGGAGGAGGAACGCCGUCGAGUGAGGCGCGAGAGGAACAAGCUAGCCGCGGCCAAGUGCAGGAACCGGAGGAAAGAACUGACCGACUUCCUGCAGGCGGAGACCGACAAACUGGAGGACGAGAAAUCCGGGCUGCAGCGAGAGAUUGAGGAGCUGCAGAAACAGAAGGAGCGCCUGGAGCUGGUGCUGGAAGCCCACCGCCCCAUCUGCAAAAUCCCGGAAGGGGCCAAGGAGAGCGAAACCAGCGGCACAGGCGGUACCAGUGGCACCAGCAGCCCACCAGCCCCCUCCCGCUCUGUGCCUCGUAUCUCCCUUUCCCCAGGGCCUGUGCUUGAACCCGAAGCAUUGCACACUCCCACGCUCAUGACCACACCCUCCCUGACUCCUUUCACCCCCAGUCUGGUCUUCACCUACCCCAGCACACCGGAGCCCUGUGCCUCAGCCCACCGCAGGAGUAGCAGCAGCAGUGGGGACCCCUCUUCUGACCCCCUUGGCUCCCCAACCCUCCUGGCCUUAUGAGGCACUCCAGCCCCCACUCCCUGCGGGUGCUACCCUCACCAAUAUUUCCCUGCCCAUUGGUCCAGCUGGCCUGGACCAUAUCUCAUGUCCAACCCCAGCAGAUUCUUCUCCAUCCCUCCAGAUGAGACUGGGCAUAUUUUGCUUCCUGGUAGUGCCAGCUUGGGGCUACCAAAGCUGCCCCCUCUUUCUCUAGAGCUGGCCUCUCUAGCACAAUUUGCACUAAGUCAGAGACAAAGUGGUUCCUGUUUGUUGGAGAAAAUUCCGGGCAGCUCCCAAGGGACUUUGUAGAUUCUCAGAGGUCCUCUGGAGCCCUAAAUCCCUGCAGAUCACCCCUAUAGUCACCAUCACCCUCUUCCUGUGAUUCACCCAACCCUACCCCUGACAGGAGGUGAUGCUCUACCCGCCGAGAACACUAACUCACCCAGCCCCACUGCCAGCAGCACCAGGUUAUUGAACCAGGACACUCUGCCAGCCCCUCAUAAGUGGAACAGCUCAGGA